AUAUCCGGGAGUCGGCCUUUGUGUACGCGAGUACGGCAGCCGGCGUGGUGUACACGGUGACCCAGGCGUGCAGUCUAGGUGAGCUCUACCAGUGCACGUGCGACCAUAACGCACGUGACGAGAGCACGGACGGCGCCUGGGAGUGGGGCGGGUGCAGCGACAACGUCGAGUACGGCAACCAGAAGUCGCGCGAGUUCAUGGACGCCCGGAAGCGGAAGAGGCGUGGUGACUUCACGACCAUGAUUCAACUGCACAACAACGAGGCCGGGAGACUGGCCGUAAAGAGCAACAUGAGACGGGAGUGUAAGUGCCACGGUCUCUCAGGCUCCUGCACGCUGAAAACCUGCUGGAUGAAGAUCCCGUCCUUCAGGGAGGUGGGCAACAGGCUGAAGGAACGCUUCGACGGCUCCAUCAAAGUUAUCAUCUCCAACGACGGCAAGUACAUCCUCCCUGAGGGGUCCACGAUCAAACCCCCGUCAGAGGAGGACCUGGUGUACUCGGACCCGUCCCCGGACUUUUGUAAGAAGAACCCCAAGGUGGGGUCGUUAGGGACGAAGGGUCGGGAGUGCGACCCGGAUUCGAUGGGGGUGGGCGGGUGCGACCUGCUGUGCUGUAACCGUGGUUACACGAAGACCCACGUGACCGUGGACGAGAACUGCAACUGCCGGUUCAUUUGGUGCUGCAAGGUCGAUUGUAAUACGUGCAAGACGGUCAAGACGCUGCACCGGUGUAACUGAGCUAGGACAUUUGUUGCACAGGACAUUUUCACAGGACAUUUUCACAGGACAUUUGCACAGGACAUUUUUACACGCUGUGAUGUCCUGAACGAUGACGUCACCGCUCGGCUGUGUGAGGACUUAUGUCCUGCCGUCGUUGCUUUGGUCUAACGGCCAAUAUCACCUCAAGCCGCCCAAGCAUGUCAUUUGUUAUCAUUGACAUUUCGCCUUGCUAGAUGUCAUUUGUCAUGUGGCAUAUGGGAUUGUAAUGAUAUACUCACAUAAAAGCAAAUUGUUUCUAUAUGUUUUCAUCUGAAGAGAAGGCUCACGUUUGACAGAAAAACAAAAUCCGUACAUUAUUACUGAAGAUUGUGGAAAAGUAUGUGAAAAUGUUUAAAAGCAUACAGGUCACGUAUGUUUCUACUAAAUGACAGUGAAAUGUUAACAUAAUAAUACCAUGUCACGGUACUUGACUAAUGGGCUCAUGUUAGACUUACUUAAGAUGACGCUUCCCUUUUUUAAACAUGAGGCUUUAAUUAGCCCUAAACUUUUGCUUGGCGAAGGU